AUGUUGGCUCAAUAUCUGCGAAGGCGUGUUUCUGUGAUCACAACAGAUGGUCGAUCUCUCGUCGGGGUUCUGCACGCCGCCGAUCAAUUACUGAAUCUCGUCCUCACUUCCUGUGUGGAGCGUGUAUUCGAAAGAGAGAAUGAUGAUAAUAAUAAUAAUAAUAAUGAUAAUAGAAAAGAAGAAGAAGAAGAAGAGGAAAAAGAAAAAGAAGCUCCCAUGCGGGAAUUGUCGAUGGGUGUGAUGAUGAUCCGUGGAAGUGAUGUGGUGUGUGUGAUGGCGGUGAAUACAAUAGAGGAGGCGAAGUGGAGUGUGAGUGCACUGCGGGGCCGUAAUUUGCCGCCAGUGGAGGAAGUCCCAAGAGCCGCUCUAGCAGCUGCAGCGGGAGGGAAUUAG